CACCCUUUUCCCAAGUUCCUUUUGGUUGGUGUUAUAUAUAAAUAUACACUUUCUUUUGAAAUUAAACACAAGAAGAAAUUAACAACUUCUUUCCUUUCUCUCACCCUAUAGUUUGUCUACCCUUAUUUUGCUUCAACCAUGAUCAAAGGUAGCGAGCUGUAUGAUGUAGUGGCAGCCAUUGUGCCGCUCUAUGUGGCUUUGAUCUUAGCAUACGGCUCCGUCCGUUGGUGGAAGAUCUUCACCCCAGAACAGUGCCUUGGCAUAAACCGUUUUGUGUCUGUUUUUGCAGUGCCCUUCCUCUGUUUUCAUUUCAUAUCCAACAAUGACCCUUACACCAUGAACUUCAGGUUCUUAGCCGCGGACUCUCUUCAAAAGAUUGUGAUUUUGGUUGCACUUGUUCUGUGGAACUCUUUCACAAAGUGGGGUAGCCUUGACUGGACCAUCACACUGUUCUCACUCUCCACUCUCCCCAACACGCUCAUCAUGGGGAUUCCUCUUCUCAAAGCCAUGUACGGAGACUUCACUGCCACCCUCAUGAUCCAAAUUGUGGUUUUUCAGAGUGUGAUUUGGUACACACUCUUGCGGUUCAUGUUUGAAUAUAGAGCGGCUAAGCUACUCAUUCUGGAGAAUUUCCCUGAUACAGCAGGUACUAUAUCCUCCUUUAGGGUUGAUUCACAUGUCGGUUCUCUGGGUGGUCGAGAGAUGCUAGAAACUAAUGCAGAAACCGGAGAAGAUGGGAAUGUUCACGUGGUGGUGAGGAGCAUGUCACGUUCUGUGUCCGUUGCAUCAAACCUCACUGGGAUUGAGAUCUAUUCAGAGGAGUCAUCUAGAGAACCAAAGCUGGGAAGAUCACAUUUUAGUGUCACAGAUUUGCACCCACAUGGUCUCAAAAGAGAGAGAAUGUCGAAAAUUCAUGAAAAGAGUUUUCCAAGGAGCAAGAGCGUUGGUCAUCAUUUGGUUUCUCCGUAUCCGUUUCUGAAACCAACAGGGGACAAGGAGACAAACAGUAACAAGGGUUUGCACAUGUUUAUGUCAGCUUCACCAACUUCUGAUCCUAAUGUGAGACAUGCUGCGAAUAAUAGAGUUGGAUCUUACGAGUUUGAGACCAUGGAAUCUUCAAACGGUGUUGAUUUUGCAAGCGAAACUGGUUCAUCCAAAGUUGUGCCUGCAGAUGUUGAAAAUGAAGGUGUUGUAUUGAGGAAUCAGAUGAACGGCAACAGUGAAGGAGAUUCAAACAGAAGGACAGAAAUGCCUCGUGCUAGUGUCAUGAUAAAGCUUAUUCUCACCAUGGUUUGGAGGAAUCUCAUAAGAAACCCUAAUACCUACGCAAGUGUUUUGGGUCUUGUUUGGUCUCUCAUAUUUUCUAGAUGGAACUGGAAGAUGCCAUCUAUAAUAAAAGGUUCCAUAGACAUAAUAUCUAAUGCUGGGUUGGGAAUGUCCAUGUUCAGUUUAGGUCUGUUCAUGGGAUUACAACCGAAAAUCAUUACUUGUGGGAAAACCCGAGCUAUGAUUUCAAUGUUAGUUAAGUUCUUGGUUGGUCCAAUGGUGAUUCUUGCAACCUCCAAAGUCAUGGAUAUCAAUGGAGUUCUUUUAAAAGUUGCAGUGGUCCAGGCUUCUCUUCCAGCGGGUAUUAUUCCCUUUAUAUUUGCCAAAGAAUAUAAUCUCCAUGCAGACAUACUAGGCACAGCGUAAGGUUAUCUUUGGAAUGGUGGUUGCUUUACUAGUAACAAUAGUAUACUACGUGAUUCUUUGACUCAAACUUUUCUUAGAAAAACAACUAUGCUUUGAAGAGAAGCAUUAUGCUGCGAAUCGAAAUACAGAUUGUAGUAGUGUUAAAUUUAAUUUUUUGUUUACAUUAGGAUUGGAGUAUGGUUAAAUUUAAACACCUUUAGUUUAUUUAAUUUUAUUUUAAAAUUUAUAUAAUUGUAUUUUCUUUAAAAAAAGAGACCGUUACACUUCUCUUUGGAAACAUUUUUAUCUGUGAAAACUUUCUUUCAUUA